ACUGGAAGCAGACCAAAGAUCAUUUUCUGCGGGGAUGGGCCCCAACAGCACCUACUGUAUAACUGUGCUGGCUUUUAAUGAGGCUGGGGAUGGACCGGCUGCAAAGUGUAUUAAUUUUACAACUCGGGAUGGAGCCUGCCCUAUUUCUUGGAUGAGAUAUCAGGACUCGUGUUAUUUGAAUGUAAGCAAACCAGCAAAUUGGCCACGUGCUAAGCAGGAAUGCAUAAGUCGACACUCUCAACUCGUGACUAUCUACAAUGAGGACGAAUUUAUGUCUGUAGCAGCUUUAGCUGAAAACUUUUCCUGGAUUGGAGCUGAGUGGAACGAGAACAAGUCAAAGCACGUGUGGUUGGAUGGUUCAGACAUCGAAUUUCAUCCACCUAUGGAUGGA